GCGAGGCCGCCAUGGCUGGGCUCGCGCGCCGCCUCGCCACAGCCUCCUUCCUGAGCGACUUCGCGGCGGAGGCGGCCAGGCGCCCGGCGACGAUGUCCCCCUCGCAGAGCACGAUGCUGCAGGAGUUCAUGGCCCGUGUGGAGGAGUGGCUGGCGAGCAGCCGCCCGGGCGCCCCCGCCGAGCCCAGCGCGCUGCCCCCCGCCCUCAUGCGGGCGGCCCGCUCGGCGCAGUCCGCGCUCGAGCUCGCGUGGGGCGGCGACGCCGCCGCGAAGGCGCGGGACGCGCUCAUCUCGAGCCUCGACGCCGGCCGCGCGGCGCUGUCUCCCGCGCGGGAGCAGGUGGCGGCGCGCUGGUCGCGGAACUGGGAGACGCCCGCCGGCGCGGCCGUCAACGUCGCCCUUGUCGGCCUCACGGCGGCGGCGGCGGUGGCCACCCUGCGGGCCGCCGCGCGGCGUCGCUGAGCGGCAUCCCGCGCGCCCCUGGUGGCGGACCGAGUUCUCAAAUUCCAAGAGAACUUCUAAAGGUGCUCUCCUGCAGUGGGAUGCGCUUUGAGUAGACGGGCCUUGCGUUGGAAACGGGCAAUGUGCAGGAGACGGGUCGUGUGUUGGGG